AUGCAAAAUGAUCUUUUAGAUGAUUUUUGUGACUGUAUGGACCGAUGGAGCCGUGGUGAAGGAGAGUCUCGUCGUCAUGUCUUCGAUAUUGGGCGACUGCUAUUAGAAGCAAACCAAAAAAAUAAUAGGAAAAAGGAUGGAACCAGUGAUCAGAUUUCUUCACAAUUCUUUGCAAUCGACUCUGCUGAAGAACUUAUAAAAGAUAUAUCGGAAUGGAAAUCUAGCGCAAAUAUGGAGCUGAAUAAAAAAAUGAAACGCCUCAGGCAUUCCAAAGAUCAAGCAGGGUUGAUACCUGAAUUCUGCAAACAGUUUAUAUUAGUGUUUCAAACACUUUUUUCUUCACCGCUAUAUACCCCAACCAUUCACUCUGAUCCUUUGUUAAAAGAUUUUGGGGAAGAGAUCAAAAGGGCAAGGGAAACUAGUGCAGGAUAUGGAUGGUCUUUGAAAGAUAUGUGGGAAAUUUUCGAAACCCUUAAAGACACCAACGGAUAUGCAGAGUUUCCGCCUGAAGAUUUUCAAGGCUCAAAUUUUCAUGAAUACAUUGAAAAAAUUGAGAAUUACAUCAGCCCUGUUAAUGAUCGUUUUAAUACAGCACAUAUGCUAAUACAACGCUUAAUACAAGAAUAUAUCAUGCGAUCAACUUUAAUAGAUCUAUGUAAGAUUGACGCAGAUGAAUUCGUUUCACAUCAAGUACAAGUGUCACCGUCGAGCAUAUUAAGUUUUGGUGAGGCUGUCGAACAAAAGAUCAGUGAUGAUUACAGCCGAAUUUUUUAUGAACAUAAAAAGAAAAAUAUUGCGGGAAAUCCUGUUGUGUACGGAGGUAACCAAUGGGUGGCUGUCUUUGGGGCUUUAUGUUUAUUGCUACAUGCAGAAUAUGCUAUCCGUAUUAUGCGCGACACUGUUUUUUCUUCCUUGCUACAAGCGCAGAGUGAUAAUCCUAUGUAA